AAAGUCACCCGGCAACAAGUGAGCUCACACACAUCUUGAACAUUAUUGGAUAACGUGCAGCAAUCCAUCCAAGUACUUGACACGGGGAGAGGGAAAGUCCAGACACACAGCGGACUGGAGUAGCGAUCACAGCGGACGUUCACUGACGGAGUCUCCUCCUGAACCGAAAGAGACGAUGGCUUCAUCUUCACAAUCUGAAUACUUCAGUCAGCACGAAAUCUAUCAACUGAAAGUUAGUUAUGAGCAGGGUGGGCUGAGCAUGUUUGCGACACUGAUCAUGAAGAAAUUGAACGAUAUAGAAAAUGCAGAGCUUAACAUCGCUGUGACAGGGGAAGCAGGUGCAGGGAAAUCCACCUUCAUCAACGCCAUGAGGGGGCUGCGGGGCUGCGAUGAGGGUGCAGCUGAAAUCGGGAACAUUGAAACCACAAUGGAGCAAACUCCAUACAAACAUUCCACCUUCCCUAAUGUUUGCUUCUGGGACCUGCCGGGAGUUGAAACAACAAAGUUUCCAAUGAAGGAUUACGUGAGCAGAAUGGGACUUACUACAUACGAUUUUUUCAUAAUAAUCUCACAGAAUCGAUUCACCGAAAACGAUGCAAAGGUCGCCAAGGAGAUUCAAAACUUGGGGAAGAAGUUCUACUUCGUACGAAGUCAAAUUGACAAUGAUUUCAGUUCUUUAGAAAUGCAAGGUAUAGAUUUUGACAGAAUGAGGAAACUUGAAGAGAUGAAACAAAACAUAAGUUGCGGUUUGACGGAAGUAGGGAUUUCAAACCCCAUUAUUUUCCAGAUAUCAUGCCUUCCCCCAGCAAACAGUAAUUUAGAUGAGUUUAAGCAAACGCUUCUAGAUAAUCUCAAUGGAAUAAAGAAAGAUGUUCUAUUGAUGUCACUUCAAAGCACAACAGUGAAGAUUGUGGAGAUGAAACAAGCCCAGUUGAAGGAACGUAUCUGGAUGUUGGCAACAGUCUCAGGAGUUUUGGGAGUGGUGUCGGUUCCCGGAUUGUAUUUCGCCGUUGACCUCGUGAUACUAGUCACUGCAAUAAUAGAUUUCCGCAAAAGUCUCGGCCUGGAUGAUGCCUCCCUUCAGAGACUGGCCAAUGUUGCAAAGAAACCUGUGGAAUUUCUGAAAGCAGAAGUAAGAAGCCCACUGAUGGGUGAAAUAAAUGCGGAGUUUGUGAAACAAAUGUUGUGGCGUUCCAGUAUUGUUGCUGUUUCAAUGGUGGAAGUGGCCCUUAACAUGAUACCAAUCAUUGGCUCCAUCUUCGGUUCAGUAUCAUCACUUAAAAUGACUUACAAGUUGCUGACCGACGUACUGGAUGAACUUGUGGAGAAUGCCCAGAGAAUGGUGAAAGUUGCAUUUGCCACUGAUCCUAGUCAUCCACAAUAA